GGGAGCGAAUAAGACAGAGAGAGGGGUAUUCAGAGAGAAUGUCCUUGGCACUGCAUUAAGCUGAGAACUGCAGCGCAGGAACGUGUACAGCUGAGGGAGAAGGAUACAGAGAGCAAAGCCGAGGGAGAGAAGGAAAGAAAAGAGAAGGAGGAGGCAGAAGGAACAGAGGACCACCAGCACAGGAGCACCAGCAUCCCCUUUCCCCCCUCCCCUCCUCCUUAACCACCUCCUCAGAGCCCCUUCCCAACCCCCCCCCCCGUUCACCCCACACUCCACACUCCCUCCUCCUCCUUCAUCCCUGUUGUCGUCAACAUGGAUACCGGCAGCCCCCGCAAGAUCCAAUUCACUGUGCCUCUCCUGGACUCGCACCUGGACCCGGAGGCAGCUGAGCAGAUCAGGAGACGAAGACCCACUCCUGCCACUCUGGUAGCAUCCAGUGACCAGUCUUCACCAGAAAUUGAUGAAGAUCGACUUUCCAAUCAGUUGUACAAGGCUGCCCUCCUGAACUCCCCUCGGCAGCGAAGGAAGGGGGCACGAGGCACACCUACAAUGAAAGAGCUGCAGUUCCUAGUCGAGCACCACCUAUAUCGGCAACAGCAGGGAGGCGCAGCAGGAGAUGAGUGCUCCUCUGAGAGCUGCUUGUCGGACCGACCCAGUCCAGAUUCUGUCCCUGCUGGAGAUGACCUGCCGGAGGAUGAGGAGGGGUGGAACACAGAGGACAAGGUCACCGCAGAGGCCUUUGAAAAACUGCGCUGCCAAAUGGAAGAGUUUUCUAGAGAGAGUCUGUUAGAAGCAGCUGGUGGAGUGGAGAGCCCAUCACUACAGGAGGAAGUUUGUGCCUCCAUCACAAAUGCAAAUUCUACACAACUCCAGCAAACAGCAGAAACAAAGGUGGGCCCAUUGGCAGAUGAGAGCAAGAAGAACAUCCAGGAGAAAAACAAGUAGAAGAUCCUUCAGGUCACCAACUAUCAGUUUUAAAGAAUAAGAGGAAGAGAAAGAAGAGUUUUAUAGAUGAAGUCAAACAAUCAAAUCCUGUAUGUCUCUCAGCCUCUGUGAUAAUAAUGGGGAGAGACAUUUGGCCUUUACUUAUUAAGUACUUUCAGAAUUCGUAGUUAAAUUAUUUUUAUUCCUUUGUCACUUCUAGUUUUUCUGACUGUACACAUAGAAAUUUCAUAUUUUGAGGUAAAAACUGACAAAUGGGUCAAGCAACCAUUUGUGAAGAACUUGUAGAUUACUGUUUGUUACCUAUAGAAAACAAAGGAAGCAUACACAAAAAGUGGACAUCUCAUUGUUAAUGUCAGGACAUCUGUGAUAUUUCUAAAAAAAUUAUGAAAAUUUAAUUCAUCUUCACUGAUAUUUUAUUUAAAAUUUCAGAUUUGUUUUCUUUCUCAUGGUAAAAAUUCUAGUACACCCAUUGACAUUGAAUUUUUAAAGCAAUAGUAGUGUUUUAGCUUAACUUCUAAGCAAACAUGUCACAAUUUGUUGACAAAGGGAACAAUAGAAUGAUUUAACUCAAUAAAAUGUCCAUUUUAACUGACCUUAAAUGAGUCUCAGAUUAUAGUGACACAUUGCAAGUUAGGUACUGUAAAGGCUGUGUUUUCUGGUUGUACCUGUUUUCUUUGUUGAUGUGUUCAGUUUCAGUUCUUAUGCUGUGAGAAGGUUUACCACAAGGUUUGUUCGGUAAACAAACAUGUCCUAGUUUGCAACAUAAGGCUUUGUCCUCUUUUCAUACACACGUUACACAUAUACAACCAAAAUCAUAACACCACAACAGCAUAUUAAUGCCAAAUGAAGAGAUUAACAUCAAAUGUUUAAAUAAGAUUUUACAGGCUUAGGAAUUAAAGUUUGUGUAUGUUUUUAGUCAGUGCGUAAAAUUUCUGCAGUGUUUGAAUUACACACAAAAGAGACUGAAAGCAUUAAUUUGCAUACAGCAAACGUGCAGUUUACAAGAACUUUGGAUUUUGCCCUUUACACUGGUGUUCUGUGGCACUCAUCAUAACUCUUAUUGCAUUAGGUACUCCUAAUGUUGACAUUCCAGUUUUUGUUCUACAUAUGAAAGUAAUAAUGAUAGCAUUAUUUCAUGCAGUCUAUCACAUUCCGGAUCUCUUACAUCCAUUAGUGCUAAUGAGUUCAGUCAUGUCAAGUUUAAUCUCAACAGAAGUUUUUUGUAAUAAUCUGUUACAAACAUCUCAGUUCCAAUGCAUGACCUGCAUGUCCAGCAAGGCUGUCUGUUAUCCACUGUUUAAGGAACAAAGCAGUACCUGAGCACUAAAGGCCGAAACAUCCACAAUUAGGAAGUUUUUAUACAUUUUUGUAAAUGUAUGUGAUUAAAAGCAUAAUACAAUGAUAUUUUGAGGGCACUACAAUUACAACUACAAUUUUAAAAGUAUAUCAACAACACAGCACAUGUCAUUAGUUUAAUUUCUUGUUCAAUAUUCAAAUACAUAUUUAUUUUCAACAUCAAAAUGUUCAAAAUGUGCAUGGUGCAUCUCUUUUUUAAUUGUAAGUGUUAGAAGGAGUGGUUUGGUUAUCAGUUAUUAAUAACUUUAUAUUUAAUUUACUGUAGCUACUGAUUCAAAUAGAGCAGCAGGUAGAAAUGUAUGGCCCGCCUAAGAACUAUAAUUGAGUUUUUAAAGGUUUUUAAAGGUAAACCAGAGAAGCACCUGACAGAAAAAUAACUUCAGGUACUGAGGGAGUAUUAGAUUUUACUAUAGAACAGCAAAGUACUGGAAUUUUAAUGCACACAUAACAUAAUUUGUGCGAAUUUGUGCGUAUAAUGCGAACAAGUGUGAUGUAAUUUGAUUUCAAAAUUGCUGGAAUAGUUUCACAGAGUAAAAUGUGUCAAUUUAAAAAGCUCUGGGAGAAUUCUUUUGCAAAUGUUACAUUUAC